ACGCCCUUUUGCAUGCACAAUUGCAAGCGAAUCUGGCAUAAUAUGUCAAAGUGAGACAUCAUCAUCAUCGUCUAAUCGUGCUCAACAUGUGUUUCUGAAUCAUGUCCUCCCCGCUGAACGGCCAUGAGGCCGAAUUGUCGCUCGAGGAUGUCUUGCCGGCCUCAGCCUUGCCAUCCACCCAUGGGAGUCAGACUGCUGCGAGGGCCAGUGUCAAUGCCAAUGCCAAUGUGCCCACCACUAUGGCCACCUCAAACCCCGUGCUCGAGGAGGGGCUGAGAAUCACACCCGUGGCCUUUCCCGCCGAGGUGGAGAGUGCUCUGGCCUCGCUUUUGCCCUCGGACGAUCCUCUGGACCAGCCUGAUUUUUCCACGGUGGACUACAUCAACACGUUGUUCCCCACGGAGCAAUCCUUGACCAAUUUGGAUGAUGUGAUUGAGCAGAUGAGAUUCAAAGUGCAAUGUGUGGAUGAGGAUAUUCGGAAGAUUGUCCGCAAUCAGACGCAUGUGGGUCAAGAUGCGGCUCACGCUUUGGAGGAGGCUCAAGAUGCUAUCGUGUUGUUGUUCUCGCAAAUCCGGGAGAUCAAACAAAAGGCGGGUGAAUCUGAGGCCAUGGUACGCGACAUCACCCGCGAUAUCAAGCAAUUGGACACGGCUAAACGCAAUUUAACCACGGCCAUCACCACCUUGAACCAUUUGCAUAUGUUGGUGGGCGGGGUAUCCACCCUCAGGGGGCUAUCUUCAAAGCGAGAAUACGGGCAGGUGGCUAAUUUGCUCCAAGGCCUUAUGGAGGUCAUGGAUCACUUCAAGACCUACACAGACAUUCCACAGAUCAAGGAGCUCUCGGAUGAGGUCAAGACCAUCCGGGAAGAUCUGGGCCAACAGAUUGUCAGCGACUUCCAGUCCGCCCUCUCAGACGAGAACGCCCAUAACUUUGUGCCUAGCCAGCAAUUUGCAGAGGCGUGCUUAGUGGUGGAUGUCUUAGAGCCGGCCAUCAAGAAAACACUGAUCAAGUGGCUGAUCGACCGGGAAUUGGUCGAGUAUCAGCUCUUGUUCACCGACUUUGAAGACACUUCUUGGUUGGACAAGAUCGAUAGUCGUUAUUCCUGGCUCAAGAAGCAUUUAAUCGAGUUCGAGCAACGACUGGGACCCAUGUUUCCACCCGCAUGGGAAAUGUCGGAACGGAUUGCCAUCGAGUUCUGUCUAAGCACUAAGUUUCAAUUGGACAAGCUUAUGAUGAAGCGGAGGAACGAGAUCGAUACGAAGCUUCUGUUACAUUCCAUCCAAAGGACAGCGGCCUUUGAAUCCUUGUUGGGUCGAAGGUUCAUCGGAUUGGUGCUCAAGCAGAUUAAACAAGCCCAAGCCAUAGCAGCCAAUAAGAUCGACGACCCGUCCAAUCCGUUCUACGAGGAUGUUGGACCUCAGGAGACGGCGGAAAAGGAUGCGACGAAGGACGCCGUCAACGAGGGCGAUCCGGAUCCAACCGGAGCCAGCUCUCCAUUCGCCGGCUUAAUCAGCGAGUGCUUCGAGCCUUAUCUAGACAUCUACAUCGAGAGCCAAGAUCGCAAUCUGGCCGAUCUGGUGGAGAGAGCAGCUCAAGAUCAACGCACGAAGGGCUCCGCCAAUGCGGCCAUCGAAGGCAGUGCCGUGCUUCACAGCUGUGGGGAUCUGUUCAUGUUUUAUAAGAAAUGCAUGAUGCAAUGCUCGCAGUUGUCCACUCGACAGCCGUUGUUGGCCUUAGCUAACGUAUUCAAGAAGUACCUCCGAGAUUAUGCAACCCGCGUUCUUUUGGCCUCCUUGCCUAAAGCCGCCACGUCUUCAGCUCCGGCUUCGUUGAGCGCUUCCGUAGCGAGUAUCUCGAAAGAUUUGAAAGAUUUCUCCACCACCGGUCUGAUCCAAAACUUUCAAAGCUUUCUGAAAGAGGGUGAUGCCAUCAAGCUCACCAAUGACGAAAGGGUUCUGACCUGUACGAUCCUCGUGACCUCGGAAUAUUGUCUCGAGACCACGCAACAGUUGGAAGGAAAACUGAAGGAGAAAAUUGCCUCCAACCUGAACUCCCAAAUCAACAUGGGCCCUGAACAGGAUGUCUACCAUAGCGUAAUUAACAGUUGCAUUCAGUUACUGGUGCAGGACCUGGACGCUCAUUGUGAUCCCGCCUUGAUUACAAUGACCAAGAUGAGUUGGGCCUCAAUCGAAGGGGUUGGUGAUCAGUCGGCUUACGUGACCUCUCUAGCCAAUCAUAUGAAACAGUCCAUUCCCCUCAUCCGUGAUAAUCUUUCGUCCUCGAAAAAGUAUUUCACCCAAUUCUGCGUCAAGUUCGUAAACGCUUUCAUUCCUCGAUUCCUCCAGCACUUGUUCCGCUGCAAGCCCAUCAGCACUUUGGGUGCCGAGCAGCUUCUUUUAGAUACCCAUUCCGUUAAGACCUUAUUGCUGGACCUGCCUUCAUUAGGGUCAAAUGUGUCCAAUCGGAAGGCUCCGGCUAGUUACACCAAGAUCGUGAUCAAGAGCAUGACACGAGCUGAGAUGACCUUGAAGGUGGUCAUGUCUCCGUCGGAGCCCCGUGAUGCCUUUGUGGAACAAUACGUGAAGCUUGUCCCCGAUGCGGACAUUGUCGAGUUCCAGAAGGUCUUGGAAAUGAAAGGGAUCCGUAAAGUGGAUCAAACCUUGUAUUUGGACCACUUCAAAACCACGGUUCCUCAGAACGCUGGGACGAGCAUGCUUUCACCUGGACCGAGAACGGUGAACAGAGCCGAAGAAUCGCGGAUCAAGAAGCUCGAGAAUCUAAUCAAGAAACGACUCUAGAGAGGCGUCAUGUUUUUUUUUUGUUUUAAUGUGCUUUUUAUCGCUAUUUUAAUGAAGGGCUAAUUAAAACGCCUUGUUGUUUUGUUUGUA